AUGCAGAAAAGUGUGCGGUACAAUGAGGGGCACGCUCUGUAUCUAUCCAUGGUCGCGCGCAAAGAGGGCACCAAACGCGGCUAUCUCAAUAAAAAGACGACGGAAAACAGUCGUUGGCAUGAGAAAUAUUUCGCUUUGUAUCAAAAUGUCCUGUUUUAUUUCGAGAACGACCAAAGCACUCGCCCUUCUGGGAUUUAUUUGUUAGAAGGAUGCACAUGCGAACGGGUCCCAGCACCAAAGGUUUCCACGGCGGGCAAGGAGACUCUGGACAAGCUGCAUUACUUCCUGGUGGUCUUUGGCCACGAUGGACAGAAGCCCCUGGAGUUGCGCACGGAGGAGGAGGCUGACUGCGAGGAGUGGGUGGAGGCUAUCCAGCAGGCCAGCUACUCUGACCUCAUCAUCGAGCGUGAGGUGCUCAUGCAGAAGUACAUCCACCUGGUGCAGAUCGUGGAGACAGAGAAGGUGGCGGCCAAUCAGCUCCGCAGCCAGCUGGAGGAUCAGGACACAGAGAUUGAGAGGCUCAAGGCCGAGAUUGUUGUUCUGAAUAAAACCAAGGAAAGGAUGAGGCCAUACCAGGUAAUCCAGGAUGAGGAGGACCCUGAUAUUAAGAAGAUUAAAAAGGUGCAGAGCUUCAUGCGGGGCUGGCUGUGCAGGCGGAAGUGGAAGAUCAUUGUUCAGGACUAUAUCUGCUCUCCCCACGCAGAGAGCAUGAGGAAGAGGAAUCAGAUUGUGUUCAACAUGGUGGAGGCCGAGACGGAGUACGUCCACCAGCUCUCCAUCCUGGUCAACUGCUUCCUGCGGCCGCUGCGCAUGGCCGCCAGCUCAAAGAAACCGCCAAUCAGCCAUGAUGAUGUCAGCACCAUCUUCCUCAACAGUGAGACCAUCAUGUUUCUACAUGAGAUAUUCCACCAAGGCUUGAAGGCCAGGAUAGCCAACUGGCCCACAUUAGUGUUAGCUGACCUCUUCGACAUCCUCCUGCCAAUGCUCAACAUCUACCAGGAGUUUGUGCGGAACCACCAGUACAGCCUGCAGGUGCUGGCCAACUGCAAGCAGAACCGGGAUUUUGACAAGCUGCUGAAGCAGUACGAGGCCAACGCUGCCUGUGAGGGCAGGAUGCUGGAGACCUUCCUCACCUACCCCAUGUUCCAGAUCCCUCGCUACAUCAUCACGCUCCAUGAGCUGCUGGCCCACACCCCUCACGAGCACGUGGAGCGAAAGAGUCUGGAGUUCGCCAAGUCCAAACUGGAGGAGCUGUCCCGGGUGAUGCACGACGAGGUCAGCGACACGGAGAACAUCCGGAAGAACCUGGCCAUCGAGCGCAUGAUCGUGGAGGGCUGUGACAUCCUCCUGGACACCAGCCAGACGUUCGUGCGACAGGGCUCUCUGAUCCAGCUGCCCUCAGUGGAGCGGGGGAAGCUCAGCAAGGUGCGCCUGGGAUACCUCUCCCUGAAGAAGGAGGGCGAGCGACAGUGCUUCCUCUUCACCAAGCACUUCCUCAUCUGCACCCGCAGCUCCGGGGGCAAGCUGCACCUCCUCAAACAGGGCGGGGCCCUCUCUCUGAUCGAGUGCACGCUCAUCGAGGAGCUGGACGCCAGCGAAGAAGAGUCCAGUGCGGGUGGGCAGGUGUUCAGCCACCUGGAGUUCAAGAUCGUGGUCGAACCGUCAGAUGGGCCCUCCUUCACCGUGGUGCUUCUGGCGCCCUCUCGGCAGGAGAAGGCGGCGUGGACCAGUGACAUCAGUCAGUGCAUCGACAACAUCCGCUGCAACGGCCUGAUGACCAGCGUGUUUGAGGAGAACUCCAAAGUCACCGUGCCUCACAUGAUUAAAUCCGAUGCGCGUCUCCAUAAAGAUGAUGUUGACAUUUGCUUCAGCAAGACGCUCAACUCGUGCAAGGUUCCCCAGAUCCGCUACGCCAGCGUGGAGCGGCUUCUGGAGAGGCUGACCGACCUGCGGUUCCUCUCCAUCGACUUCCUCAACACCUUCCUGCACACCUACCGCAUCUUCACCACGGCCGCCGUCGUCAUGGACAAGCUGGCCGACAUCUACAAGAAGCCCUUCACAUCUAUCCCCGUCAGGGUCCAGUAUCAUUCAUGUGACCGUUUGUCCAUCACCUCCAUCUGUCCUGACUACAGCCUGAAGAUCACAAGGCUAGCCCUGGACCAGUCAAAAUCCCUGGAGCUCUUCUUUGCCACGAACCAGAGCAGAGGAAGCACGGAGCACGUGAACGACAAGUCCCCCCGGCUGUGCCGCAAGUUCUCCUCUCCUCCGCCCCUCUCCAUCCCCUCCCGCACCUCCUCCCCCGUUCACACGCGCAAGCUCUCCCUCAGCUCGCCCGUCAGCGCCAAGGUGGGCGCCCUGGACCUGACCACCACCACCUCCCCUUCAGGCGCAAGCAGCCCCACCUCCACCUGCAACCCCACCAUGUCGCCCCCGCCCGGCAGCACCAAGGCCCCCCUGGACCUGAGCCGGGCCCCCUCCUCCCCCGAGCACAGCCCCGGGCUCCUGGAGGAGGGAGCGGAGCUACCCCGCAUCGACGCCUUCUGUGGGAAACUGCGCCGCAGCAUCCGCAGGGCUGUUCUGGAGUCCGUGUCUCUGGACAAGUUCAUUCCGGAGACCCCCUCAGCCAGCGAAUCGGGUGACGUGUCGCCCUGCCGGUCCCCCUCCACUCCCCGACACCUGCGCUACCGGCAGCCUGGGGUCCAGACGGCAGAGGGCUCCCGGUGUGCCGUGUCUCCCGCCUCUGCCUUUGCCAUCGCCACGGCAGCAGCUGGGCACAGCAGCCCCCCAGGUUUUAAUUCAGAGAGGACGUGUGACAAAGAGUUCAUCAUACGCAGGGCGGCCACCAACAGAGUGCUUAACGUCCUACGCCACUGGGUCUCCAAGCAUUCCCAGGACUUUGAGAUGAAUGGGGAGCUGAAGAUGGGCGUGAUCUGCCUGCUGGAGGAGGUUCUCCGUGACCCUGACCUGCUGCCCCAGGAGAGGAAAGCCACAGCCAACAUACUGAGUGCGCUCUCUCAGGAUGACCAGGAUGAUGCCCAGCUGAGGAUCGAGGACAUUUUGCAGAUGGCUGAGUAUCCCAAAGCUGAAUGCUUUGAGUCGCUGUCAGCAAUGGAACUCGCAGAGCAGAUCACCCUGCUGGACCACAUCGUCUUCAGGAGCAUCCCGUACGAGGAGUUUCUGGGCCAGGGCUGGAUGAAGGUGGACAAGACUGAACGCACCCCAUACAUCAUGAAGACCAGCCAGCACUUCAAUGAUAUGAGUAACCUGGUGGCAUCCCAGAUCAUGACCCACACAGACGUGGGCUCCAGGACCAGCUCCAUUGAGAAAUGGGUGGCGGUCGCUGACAUCUGCCGAUGUCUGCACAAUUACAACGGCGUGCUGGAGAUCACCUCCGCCCUCAACCGUAGUGCCAUCUACAGACUGAAGAAGACCUGGGCCAAGGUCUGCAAGCCGACAAAAGCGUUAAUGGACAAGUUGCAGAAGACGGUAUCAUCCGAGGGAAGAUUUAAAAACCUGAGGGAAACCCUGAAAAACUGUAACCCACCCUGUGUCCCAUACCUGGGAAUGUACCUGACUGACCUGGCCUUUAUCGAGGAGGGAACCCCCAACUUUACUGAGGAGGGCCUGGUCAACUUCUCCAAAAUGAGAAUGAUAUCUCACAUAAUCAGAGAGAUCCGGCAGUUCCAGCAGACACCCUACAGAAUAGAGCACCAGCCAAAGGUGACGCAGUACCUGCUGGACAAAACCCUUAUCAUGGAUGAAGACACGCUGUAUGAACUUUCCCUAAAGAUCGAGCCCAGGCUCCCAGCUUGAGUGACGCAAUUACAAAAAAUCCCACCUAUGCUAUGAAGCACGUUUUUGGAAUUGGAGGAUGAAAUACAUGGGUAAUUCUACAAUGCAUGUGUUGUUUGUUCGUCCCGGGUCUCGGUUAUUCAGCGUGUAAGUGGAGUGGACAAAGGAGUCGAUCUUAAAUUGAUUAAAUAUUGCCCUCUGCUGGUAUAAAAAUAAGGCUUGGUCAUGGUUCCGCUUGUUUGAUGUGCAAGUAGAAUACUCUCUCACACAAUACUACUCUCAAUCAAUUUCAUGAGAGGAUCGUCUAUAAUGUUUUUGGGUUUACACUUUUCAAUCCCUAAAAACAAGUCAAAGGUAUUGUCCUUGUAAUUGUGUUUUGAAUUAUUAUUGCGUAACAAUGCACACUGUCCCAUUUGGAUCCCCCUGAAUACAGAUAUGGCCUACUGCUGCUAUGUGCAUUUUCUGGUUCAUGAGUGAACAAGUGUAGAAUGCCCAGUGUCAUAGUGGUCUAUGAACCUGCAUCUAUUCAGGGUUUAGCUGUGACUGCAAGUGUCUUGAAAAGAUGGCGAGGGUAUAGUCAAAUGUGUUUCAAAUCUGUUUGCAGCUGAAACGUGUUUACAGUCCAUAUUCUGAUUAGGGUUGUCACUUUUUUGUUUGGUGAUUGAACUUGUUCGAACCUCAGGAAAAUGAAAAUAAAAUUCGCGUAAAACCUGUUUACAAGGCGAAAUAAGGAGCUAAGUGGCGCUCUACGCAAUCUGUGUUGCGCUCAUUAGUGCUCGGUAUUAAAUAAAGCAAACAAUAAACAGUCGUAUUGUUUUGUCUUAUGGGUAUACCGUUAGCUACCAUGAAAACACAGUUCACUGACUGGCCAUGCUAUCCUCGUACGCUGUAGGGAUAGCAUGAACAUGGAGAAGGAGAAAGUCGUCUAGAACUCGUGUAAGCGGGCUGACGCCUUAUCCCCUUCAAAAGAGAGAUCGGUCAGUUUAGUUUAAGUCAUGCCAUUGUUAUGAAUUAGGCUAAUGAUGGACUCGUGAAUUAUGUUUUCUUAAUUUUGAAAACAGUUCUACCAAGUCAUUUGAUUGCUGUGAGCGGCAUCAGUGGUAUUGUUAUGAACGUCGCUGGUUGUAUUUUGUUGAAUAAAACUUCAAGAUAUUGCUGUGUUUAUUAGUUAUAGCAUAACACAUUUAAGCCAUUUAGUGACAUGACUAAUGAGAAAUUAAAACUGGGACAUAAUAAUUACAUUUAGGCAACGCUCUAUUGAAUUUUAGAUAAAUAGAUGAAUUGAACACAUUUUUUAAAAUGUCUGUUAUUUAUGAGAUUCGGUUGAACUCAAUUCUUAUAAAAAACAAGAGUGACGGCGCUAAUUCUGACCCAUUUCCUUUGAAUGGCUGUACACCCCAUCAAUAACCACUGUAUACGUUCUCACUCCAUUUACAUUCCAUAUAUUUGAGAGAGAAAAUGAAAAGACUGAAGCUCAAUUGUCCUAUGAUUGAAAAAACCUGUCUAAAACAUACUGAAACCGCCAUUACAGGUUGCAAUUGCACUGUUGUUUUAUGUUUUUAUACUGUAGAGGUACACAUCACUGCAUUAUUUUCAGUUAAAAUCGAUGUACUAAUUGUUCGUCUGGCUGAGUAGCUGCUUUUAGUUCGUUCACACACAAUAACACUUAACCCCUAUCCUGAAAGCAACACCUGUGGUAUUUUGAUAGUCUAAACUGCUCUGUCCUUCCAUGUGUAAUGGCAAUUGAGAAUUUCUGUUUUUGUGGAAUAUGUUUUUUAAAAAUUGCAUGUUCAGAAGCUAAUUGAAUGUUAGCAUGUAACAAAAGGCACCUUCAUUAGAAAUUUUGCUGUUAACAGACAACAUGUUUAUUCAUUUAAGAAUGUUACAUUUCUAUUUAUAAAAGUUUUAAGCAACUCUACAUUAUACAAGUUUGCAUUAUUCAGUAGAAGAAAAUGUCCUUUGAAACUGUAUGCAUAUUGACCCUUGGAUGGGGGGAAACUUGUGUAUGGUUGUUAAGGUAACCAACUCAGACUUAUUUCUCAUUGCUAUGGGAUAUGGUAUUGAAAAGACCUGAAAGAUGCCAUUUCAGCUCUAUAUUGUUUAGCAGUUUACUUUACAUGACUAGAUGUGAUCAUUUUAAAAGGACCCUUAUUUUGUAUAUGGCAUGUCAAAAGAAAUGUAUUGCAUAAAGUAGGUUUAUUAAUAUUUUGAAUAGUUAUUUAAAACCAUUCCAUUCUUUCUUAUUGUUUUUGUUUUUGUAUUUUCAUUUGUAAAAAAGAAGAAAAAUGUAGCAUAUUACAUAACAUUUUAAUUCCUUCCUAUUUAAAAAACCAUUCAGCGAUAUGUUAAUGCAGGUAUGUAUAUAUUGCCAGGGCAUGCAUGUUCCCAAAUGAGACUUGCUGACUGGGCAUCUGCUUUUAUACAUUAUUGUAAAAUACUAUUUCUUUUUUCUCACCCAUGGACUCUUUCAGAUUAUACGCAGCCACUUUAAUCCAAUGCCUGUAAAAUAAAAUAUUGCCCAAGUCUA